CAAGAACAAAGUUGCACCUGACCGCGAAUGAAAGAUAUCCGACCUGUUUGCAAGAGGACCUACUAUGUCAUCCCUAUGUACCAGGAAGCUGACUCUAUGCCAGGCGCUGACCUUUCUCUUGCUGCUGGUCCCUCCUGUUUGCCCCUCCUCCCCACAGAGUUCUUCCUGGGUUUCCGUGUGGGGCCCUUCUGUGGGCACCUCUCUCAGGCGUCUGGCGCGCGCCCGACGGCAGCUGCACUUCAGGAAUGAAUGGGCCUCAUGGAGCGGCUGGUCGGUCUGCUCACGCACCUGUGGAGGUGGAGCCUCCAUCCGCACUCGCACCUGCAUCACCAAGAACCCUUUGGGCGGACCCUGUGCCGGAGACCCCAGACAGUACAAAAUUUGCAACACAAAGGAGUGCCCCCCAGGUUCUCUGGAUUUCAGAGAUAUGCAAUGUGCAGCCUACAAUGACAGGCCACUGGUGGCUGGAAUCGCCUACAAAUGGACCACAUUCCAUGGAGGGUCAAACCCAUGUGAGCUGAGCUGCCUGGCCCUCGGUCACAACUUCUACUACAACUUCGGCCGUGUGCUAGACGGUACACCCUGCAGCCAAGAGCCAGGGGCCCGCUGCGUCAAUGGCCGCUGCCUUAAGCCAGGUUGUGAUCUGGUCCUUGGCUCUCAGCAGCAGCAGGAUGCCUGUAUGGUUUGUGGAGGACAGAACACAACAUGCCUCCAUCACAGGAGUGUGUACCAGAGCAAUGGCCAGGAGGCAGAGGGCCCUUUUGGAUACAAUGAGGUGGCCAUGAUACCAGCUGGAGCUACGCAUAUUCGAGUUACUGAUAACAGCAGAAAUUACUUAGCACUCCAGAAUGGUCGCUCCCAGUUCGUUAUCAACGGGAACUGGAAGAUCAGCGUUCCUGGGGAAUACAGCGUGGCGGGAACCAAACUGGUGUACCGUCGCUCAGCUGACACCUGGGAGAGCUUCGAAGUGCCGGGACCGACCCAGGAGGACUUGCAUGUGAUGGUGCUGGCGACAGACACGAACACAGGGAUAGAGUAUGAGUACUGGCUACCACCAGACCGCUACGCUCUCUACCACGGUAGGAGGAGUUCUCUCCGUCAACCUCACCAUACUGCCAGUUACCUCUGGGCAGAGUCUUCCACCACCACAACAACCACGACCAUGACCACAACCACAACCACCCCCUGGCCUCGCCCUGUUACCUCCCUACCCCACUGGGCUCUCCCUGGAGGAGGCAAGCAUGUCAAGCCACCCCGUCGAAUUUCACACAACCCUUACCAGCACUCCCCCCGCCGACAUCUCCACCAGCCAGUCCUCCCACGGCUGGAGAGGGAGGAGAACCACAGAAAUCUCCUCCCUCAACCCCCAGCCAGAGGGCAUUGCAGGAAGUGUAGGCAUGUUCGAGGUCGAGGGGAGCGCCAGAGGCAGUAUUGUCAAAAGGACUUUGUUUUCCGGGCCAAAAUCCUCGCAAAACUGUACCUGGGUGAAGAGACGCGUUAUGACGUCCAGAUCAUCCACACCUACCGCAACCGCUUCCGCCUGGAGCACCGCGAGUUCCUGUGGGUCCCCAACGUGUGUGACUGCCCCCAUGUGGAGGAGGGGCGUCAGUACGUGAUGAUGGUGCGUCUUCAUGUCAAUUACGAGGAGACCCUGAACCGCAUUCUGCUGGAGGAGGACAGCUACGUGGUCCCAUACAGACCCAGAGAGGACUCCCUGCUGCUGCCCCUGAGGGAGCUGUGCGGGAAUAGGGGACCAAAGCGGAACUGAGAGGAAGCCGUGUGACACACAAACAGUACAUCAUCUUCACAACGAGCUACGCGCGCUCUCUCUCUCUCUCUCUCUCUCUCUCUCUCUCUCUCUCUCUCUCUCUCUCUCUGUGCGUGUGCGUGUGCGUGUGCGCGCGUGUGUGUGUGCGCGCGCGCGCGUGUGUGUGUGUGGUCCACAUAAGAGGAUGAAUCUCAUGCUAACUGAAGCGUAUAGCUCUCUCGUUAACCUCUAAUUGUUUCGGGACCUUCUUAGGAUUUUCAGACUUGGCGAGAGUUGAUCCAGCACACCAGAAUUUCAAAGUGGCGUUUGGUGGAGUAAAGGCCUCUGGCGGGAUCUUUAAGGGACCGCGUUCAACAGGAUUUUUACCCAUAUGAAUGGCGCCACAUUAAGAAAACAAAACGACUGUUUGCUUUAUUUAAAAGAAGCUGACCAGCUUACCACAUGUAGCACUUUAGGUGGUUACUGACGCCCACCU